UCAAAUAUAUAAUGUCUCAUUUUACAAGAGAACGUAAGUGUAAAAAAAAAUGUGGAAAAAAAUCUAAGGUUACGAAUCCAACUUCAACAUGUGCUUUUAACAAAAAAGAUAAUAAGGAUUAUGUUGAUGUCACAGAAAAUGCGAUGAUUGAUAUUCUUAAUGAUGAUUGCCUGGCUGAAAUAUUCAUGUAUCUUUCAGCAUGUGAAAGAUCAAAAAUUGCUUUAGUAUGCAAAAAAUGGAAAAAAGUCCUUAAAUAUUCUUGGCAGAAUAUUAAAAAACUUGAACUAAUUCAUUGGGAAUAUAACGAUCAGUGUCCAGCUUACUCAUACAAAUAUCCAACAAUCAAUGAACAAUUAAGGUUUUUAAGAUUACUGCUUGCUAAAUGUGGUCGUUAUAUAACAGAUUUAGAUGUGACAUCCUAUGGUAAUUAUAACAUAAUACCAGUUAUUAAUGAAUCUUGUCCAAGCCUUGUAAAACUUCGAUUGAGAUUCGAGGAUGUUCAACCAAUAUUAUUAGUUAAUGCAUUUUCACGUCUAUCUAAAUUGAAGGAAUUAAAAAUCAUAUUUCAACAUAUUAAUGAUUCUUAUGAUAUAUCUGUUGCUUUAAUCGAUUUAUUGAAAAGCGUUGCUGGUACAUUAACUGAACUGACUCUGUCAAAUUGGAACAGACAAGAUUAUUAUAAAAGGUGGAGAAUUCCAGAAACAUUCAUUCACGUGAUUCCUAAACUAAAAGCCUUGAAAUCAAUUAAAACUGAUGGCAUACUAAUUGAUACUGACUUAUCCCUGCAUCUGAAACAGUUUGGAAUAUUGGAUAGUCAGUGGCUUGACAAUAAUAUUAAAAAAAAAAUUCUGUAUAAAAAUAUAAAAAAACUGAAGUUAACGGAUUACCAAGCUACAGAUGAUUGUUUAUAUACUAUAGCCAAUUGCAUGAAGAAAUUACGAGAUCUUACGAUUAUUUGUGAGCGGGUAACCGAUGCUGGGAUAGUAGCUAUUUCGAAGAUGGAUAAAUUGUCUUAUCUUGAACUUCGUGGCCCUGGUCAUGUAACUGACUCUUCAGUUGGAUUACUUAAAAAUUUAUAUUGUUUACAUUUACCAUACUGCAAUAAAAUUACUGAUGUUUCAGUCACAAAAAUUCUUGAAAAUUCACCGACGAUGAGGCUUUUUUACAUGAUAGGAUCAGCUGUGACUUUUAAAUUUUUGGAAAGAGCAAGAGAAGUUACAGCAAAUCGUAAAACAUAUUUGGAGUUAGGUCUUUCAUAUUCACCUGGUAUACAAAAAUAUGAAUCACGAUAUUUGCAACAAGCUCUAUUUAAUUCAUCAAUAAAAAUGAUGUAUUGGUCGACAAACAAACUGCUCGAUUGCUAAUU